CAUAUAAAUUUCUCAAAAAGAAUUAUAAACUUUUUGCUAGCAUAAGCAAAAGUUGUGUGCAUUGUGCGUACGAACUAUAACUUUAAGGUUGUGAAUCUGUUGGAUAAUUCAUAUUUACUUGCGGUUAAAGUACAUAAAAGCCUGGGAAUGAAUGUCAACGCGCUCUAAGUGCGUUCAGCUCUCGACUGUUGGCCAUAAAAGAAUCAAAGCUCAGAACGUGACUUUUCGGUGCAAACUAAAUUGAAGCCACCGCAACUGCAAUGCCAACCUGCGCCAGAUAAAUCAUGUAUAUAUAUAGAGAUAGAGCCAUGACGACCACUUCAAGUGCUAGACAACUGAGCGUAGCUGCCACUGGCUUGUUGCUGCUGUUUCUGUUGCUGCCGCUGCUGGCAACAUCAGCGCCCACACCAACGGCCACAGACGCUCAUCGAGGUUGCGCACACAAAGGCAUCGCCGAGCUAAUACGCAACAGUCCCGUAAUUCUCAAAGCCUUGGGUGCGCAUAUUUUCACUGAUGCCGAAGCCGCAGCCGAGGCGGAACAGGUCAGCAGUUCCGCAGGCCAGCCAAACUCAAUUUUAAUAACAUUAACACCGGAAACGAUAUACAAAGGUGCUUCGCUGCUUAAAAUUACCCAUAGCAGCGCUGCCGCUGGCUCAUUGGAUACAGUCGGUGCUGGAUCUGGCAGUGGGUCUCGUCAUAGCAGCACAGGCAACGGCAUUAACGGCGGAGAUGGCAGCAAUUCCGCCGAGUCUGCAUAUCAGUAUGACGGCCAACUGAACGCCACGCUGCAACCGCUGCGCUGUUUUGAUGCUUAUAUGUUGAAAACGUUGCCCAUGGAGCUAAUUGCUUUUGGCAAAUUGCUGCCUGCCACCGACGUCAGCCAGCAACUGUUGCCGCUGGGGACUGACGCUGUUGGUGGCAGUGGCACUGGCGCAGGCAGUGAUGUGGCACUCGACAAGGAUGUGCUGCACAUCAGCGUCAACGGUCUGCAUCGCUGGACACCGCAAUUUGAGCAACAUAUCUGGAAGCAUUUGGGCUGGGAUGAUUGGAGUGAUUUUACUUUAUGCAGCGUCACUUGCGGGAAAGGUGUGCAGCAGCGCUUCCGGCGCUGUCUAUUGGACAAUCCAAUGGUGGACAUAAACAUGAAUAUAAAUCUCCAUCUGGACGAAGAUGACGAUGGCGAUGAGGACGAUGAUGUUGAUUUGGCGGUUGAGGACGGUGCGGCGCACGAAGAGCAGCUGCCAACAGCUGACGAGGCAAAUAAUGAUGUCAGCGCAGUGGCAUACUCAACUGAGGCCGCAUUCAAUGCAGAUAAUAAUGAAGUGCUCGGCCAUGCCGACGCUGCGUAUGUGCAUAAGGAUACACUGAUGAUGCAGCCAGCUGCUGCUGCUGCUGCUGAUUCUGAUGGUGAUGCCACCACCUCAUUGACAAAGCAUAAAAACACACAGACAGCAACGUCCAAGGCAACGAGUGGACUAACAAGCAACGAUAAUGAAGCGGCCGACGCAGGUGUCAGCUUUGUGCCUGCAUUUGUAACUGCAGGAGCAGCACGUAAUGACCAAGUCGCUGCACGUGCAAAUAAUCAGCACAAAAAACGCAAAUCGUCGAAAAGCGUUGCACUAUCCACACUCCUCUGCGAGGGCUACAACAUUGAGCAGCGCAACUGCAACAGCUUCGAGUGCAGCGACGACAUCAGCGAUUUGCUGAAAUUUUACAAGAAGCUGCCGCCAUCAGCAGAGGAGCAGCCUUUGGCCACAGAUGAUGAGAUGAUGGCGGGCGAUAAUGGCGAUUUGACAACGUCGGGAUUAUAUGGCGCUGCCUCAUCCUCGACGCCCUCGAACAUGGGCUACAUACGCAGCUGGCGAAAUAAGCUCAACUUUACGUUGAUGAUUACGUUACGCGCAAAGAAUGAUACCAUAAACACAUCAACAAUUUUCUCCAUUCGCAAUAUUACACACAAUCUGUACUUGGAGGCGUGCCCGGAUGGACUGCGCCUCUAUCUGGAGCGCGACAAUACAACGGAAAUGUUGCCAGUGAAAUUCAAUUUAUAUGAUUAUCGUUGGCAUCAAGUGGCCAUCAGUGUACAAAAUGGCGAUUUCAUAUCGAUUUACGUCGACUGCUCAUGGACCAACAGCUUUGUCGUAUCGAAGCGACUGUUCACGCUGCCCAUGGAUGCGGAUGUGGAAAUUGGACGAGGCUUUAAUGGUGAACUGCAACAGUUGCUGGUGCUGCCGGAGCAACAGGAGCGGCUGCAGUGCAGCAAUAAACGGACCGUGAUCAAUGAGGUGAAGCGCUACAUCAUCGAUACAUUUAUUGAGGACUAUGGUAGCAAUUGAAGCGUAUCAAAUAUGCAUAUGUAGGACAAGCAAGCGAGCCAAAAAAAAAACAAAAAACAAUAAUGCGAGCAAAUCAAAUGAAAAACAAAUUAUACACAUGGCAUGCAAAUUUGCAAACAUUUGCUCCAGCACCACAGUGGAACUUAAGUCUAUAGAAUAUAUGAGUGUAUGCACACACACACACACACACUCAGGCACACGCCUACGUAGGUGUGCAAGUAAAUAUAAACAAACCUACAUAUAUGUAUGCAUAUUGUGAUUCGUGUUUCCUAGCUGCGCAUUCAAAAAUACUCUCUUAUAUAUAUAUUAUACUGUAAAUUAUAGUCGAUAUUGUGAGCUUUGUCAAUAUGGAUGAUUGCGUGAGUGUGUGCGUGUGUGUGUGUGUGCAUUACUUGCAUGUAAUUAUAAUUCAAAAUGCAUACAUACAUCAAUAUAUAUAGAAAAUAUAUAAAUGUGCAAUUUAAUGCGAUUAAUGUUAACGAAAGGAAAUUAAAU